AUGAGUCGUUGCUUAACGGAACGCGAACUGCUGCUUUCCAGCAAUCGUUUCGAACGUGUCGUGUUCGGCUAUAUUGUUCCUGUUGUUAUUGUGAUUGGUAUCGCUGGAAAUGUCCUCAAUUUUACCGUCUUACUUUCGCCACCGAUGAGAAGCAGGUGUGCUUGGAUCCAUUGCAUUUAUAUUUUUGCACAAAGUCCCACAGAUACAGCUUUUUAA